CAGUCUUUCUGUGAUUCAGAUCUUUCUGGAUAAUGGGUCUCUGAAUUAUGCAUCCCAUACCUGUAGUUCAUGUUUACGAUGGGCAAGAAAUCUCAUGAAAAUGCGUUCUCCUUGCCAAAACAUCACAGCGGUGAUCCAGCUUAAUAUCAGGAAAAUAAGGCAAUGUUACUGGGAUUCAUUUGGAUUGCUGCAUAAUGUAUUUUAGGCACGGAGACAAGGAGAAAAGUGUCUUGUAAGUAAAUCAGACUGAAAAAUCCCAAUAAGCAUGCACAUCCACAUGCAUCUGAUCCAUUUGCUGUUUUGAUUACCCUCUGACAGGAUAAAAUGAGGCUAACGGAGGGGAUACAGAUACUACCUGACCCAACACAGAGACAAUGAUGCAUUUUGUGUGGGGAAUAUGUGCCCAAUUUAAUGAUAUGGUAAAGGUUUAUAGGGUUUACAUGUCCAUUAAUGUAUAUGCUUAUUUGCAUAGUAAAAAUGUGUUAGAUUUGGGAAAUGCUGGGUCUUUUUGAGUCUCUCAAGUAAUGCACACAAGAUAGCAGCCAAUGCACGGCAGAAAUUAAUUAAUGGCCUUUGAAUUUAUGUGACUGCUUACAAGUGCACAAGCAACCAAUGAAUUACAAGGGGAGGGCAGUAUCAAUGCACAAUAAGAACCAAGUAAGGGCAAAGCCUGAGAGUGAUGAUUUAAUCAUAUAGGAAGUGCAGGUGUAAAACAGGCCACUCCCAUCCUUCAGAAAACCAAUCAGAGAGACAGGAGAAGGACAAAUUUAAAUGGUAAAUAAACUAGCUUUUACAAUGACCUUUUUACUUUUUUAUGGCAAAUGGGUUUUCUAACUCUAUGAGAGCAUUUUUGGUGGUUUAAUAAGAUUCGGACAUUGAAGGUGAACAACCCCUUUAAGAUCAGCCCAUUUCCAGAUGUCAUGUUUCUUUUUAGUCAAAAAGAAACAUUUUUAUAAACAUGCCCCUUUAAGAGUAUGUUAUAAUGUAUUGUUAUUAUCUGUUUAUAUAUUUUUUUGCUUCAUAAAGCUCAGCUUGACUAAAGCACCAGAUAUGAUGAAACAUUGAUAAUAGAAUUAAUUACAUUACAAUUAAUGGCAUUGCUGGUUUAUAUGUUGAUAGAUAAGAUUCUCAUAUUCAUUCUUCUUUCUGUUUUUUUUUCCCAGAAUAAACUCUCUGAAGGCCGUGGAAGACCCUCUUGCCCAGCACACCCAUGUGUCUUCAUUCAUUUAUCUUUAUCAUCUGACUAUUUCAAUUUUUGGAACCAGUUCAGAAUAAACUCUCUGAAGGCCGUGGAAGACCCUCUUGCCCAGCAAUGAUGGGUUCCAUGUGUCUUCAUUCAUUUAUCUUUUUCAUCGGACUACUUCAAUUCUUUUUUGGAACCAAUUCAGCUCUGAAAGUUGAAAACUUUCGUCUAUUCAAACCGAAGCUGAUAUUGAAAGCAGAUACUUGGAAUAUUAUACCAUGUGCCUUUCAUACAAGGCGUCCGCUGAAUCCGUCACACGUCAAAUUGGAAUGGGGUUUCAUCCCAAAAGGCAGAAAGGAUUACCAACCUUUAGUGCGUCUAUACGGAGACCAUGUCAGAACGGCAUUGCCUGCUUUCGCGGAUAGAUUCCAACUUUUUAAACCCCUAGUGGCAAAAGGGAACUGUUCGCUGGUCAUCAAUCCCACAGUCAUUGAAGACAGUGGCACUUAUCAGGUUACACUGACGAUAAAAGAAAAGGUGUUCAAGCCCCUUUCGUCUAUAAAAAUUCAAGUUGUGCAUCAACUCAAAGGUGGAUCACGGUCAGCACGUAUGAAUGAUGAAACAACGACAAAACCUACAAGCACCACUAUAGCACCAAACCAAGAAACAACUGCAACAACAGCAGAUGACAGGGAUUUCAUUGACAAGACCAUCCUCCCAGGUCUUAAAGGAAAGGAGAAGAUCUUUGGUAUAUCAGUGAUAGCUGUUGCAUCGUUCCUUGUUUUAUUCUCACUAUUAGGACUCUUUGUAUGGUUUGCUGACAAGCAAAUGAAGAAGGAAAAGAUCGGCGAUGUAGAAAGCCCACCAUCCAGCUCAUCUAGUGACAAUGAGGAGGAAUCAUAAGGGAAUAUGAAUUAAAGGGAUACUGUCGUGGAAAAACAUGUUUUUUACAAAAUGUAUCAGUUAA